AUGGGCAAAAAUUUUGCAGAUCCAGCGCUGUUGGCUGGGUUCAUUGAGGAAAUUAAAAAUAAGGGCGCCACGAUUUUUGAGGAGCUCGGGCAAACGUUUGUCGUCGCCGUGAGCGUAUUGGCUGUUCAGCAAGAAAAUUCACAGCCGGACAAGCUCUAUUUUGAUACUGGCUAUUCAACUGGCAGCAAACAAAAUACGUUCACCGAAAUGACAACCAUCAUCGACAACAGCAAGCUGAUCGUUGUAAAUCAA